AUCGAUAACACUUAUAAAUACUGCUGUCAAACCACAUCGCUAAACAACGGGAUUGCUCUUGUUGUGUAACUGAAACGCGUAUAUUUAAUAAGCGCCUACGAUGUCAGCACCCGCCGCCCGAGGCACAACGUCCCUGUUAAAGCGCGCCUGGAAUGAGAUUCCCGACAUCGUUGGCGGUUCGGCCCUAGCUCUUGCAGGCAUUGUUAUGGCUGGCAUUGGCCUGACUAACUACUACGCCAAGGAUGGUGACAAUCGUCGCUACAAGAUGGGAUAUGUAGUCUUUCGGCACGAUGAUCCACGCGCCGAAAAAGUGCGCAACGACGAAGAUAAUUAGUCAAAUAAUUCUGUACCCUUUGUUUUCAUUCUUACGCGCUGCCGCAAUAUAAAAAAUAGCUAAGUAAAACAAACAAAUGUAUACAAAUAG